AUGAUCGCACUUAAAGCAUUACUUACAUUGUGGAUCAUUUGUAUCAGCCAGUGCAUGGCAGCGAGGCUUUCAUGCAAGCCCCAGGGUGUCGCUGGUAGUCUUGUUGGCAUUCACAUUUCUGGAAAUACGUCUGAACAUUUUGAGGUUUCCAAUUCGAAAGAAGUGAACGGGUACCCAGCUCUCAUCAAGGUGGACAAAACCGAUCAGAUGUUUCAGUUUUUCCAAUGCGAGCCACCAUCGAAGAAAUACAAGGCCGGUGGUCAAUUGCGUAGCCUGAAAAACACCUCGAUGUGUCUUACUCCUGGUCAAGUUCAGCGGUAUGAUCAUGACUCCGGUAAUUAUUCUCCCUACCCUCAAGACGUUGAUGAUCGCAUAUCACUGCAACCCUGCAUGGAUACGCACAGCCUUUUGUUGCGUAAACAAUGGUUUAUGGAAACAGAAACUGAGUAUGGUUGUCGCAUGCGUGUUACCCAGCAGGGAUGGCGAACAGAUGGUACAAGUGACACUAUAAUCAUGUCGGAGAAUGGUGUAGCAAUUGGACGCGGAGAUUCGAGUCGAAAUGAAGUCAAAAUGUUCCUACAGGCUAAAGGUUCCUUGGAGUGUUAA